AACUCCUCUCUCAGAUAACAUGAGAAAACACCAUCAUCCUGUUUGCAGGACCACAUUGAUUUUACAGAGGGCCUUUUGAAAUAUACUAAUCAUGAUUUUUCAUGCACUUUUUGAAUAUAUGGACUUUACUGGUUGGCUGUUGUUGAGCUUUCUAGUGUUACUCCUGACAGAUGUGGUCAGAAACUGGAGGCCACACAGCUUUCCACCUGGACCCAGGGCUGUGCCUUUUCUUGGAGAUGUCUUUACAGGAAUUGAUUUCAAAACAAUGGAAAAGCUUUCUCAGCAGUACGGUCCAGUGUUCAGCCUGAGGAAAGGCAGUGAAAGGAUGGUGUUUGUUUCAGGAUACAAGAUGGUCAAAGAGGCUCUUAUUAACCAGCUAGACAGCUUUACUGAUCGACCUAUUAUCCCUCUCUUCCAUGUUAUCUUCAAGGGACUUGGCGUAGCUAUGAGCAAUGGUUACCUGUGGAAGAAGCAGAGGAAGUUUGCCAACACUCACCUGCGUUACUUUGGAGAGGGCCAGAGGUCACUUGAAAAAUACAUUCAAGAGGAAAACAACUUCCUCUGUGAAGCCUUGAAAGAGGAACAAGGAAGACCAUUCAACCCCCACUACAUCAUAACAAAUGGAGUGGGUAACAUCAUCUCAUCUGUGCUCUUCGGACAUCGGUUUGAAUACAGUGAUCAAAGCUUUCGGAAGUGUCUGGAGUUGGACAACGAGGCCAUUCUGCUCCUUGGUUCAGCCCAGACUCAGCUGUAUGAUGCCUUCCCGGGCUUGCUGAAGUACCUGCCUGGACCUCACCAGACUGUACAUGCCAACUAUAAGGAGAUCAUGAAUUUCUUGAAAAAGGAAGUAGAGAAGCACCAGGAGGAGUGGAACCCUGAUGACCCUCGUGAUUAUAUUGAUGCAUACCUGUCAGAAAUGAAAAAGAAAAAAGAUGAUCCCCAUGCUGGCUUCAACAUUGAAACCCUGCUGGUAUGCAUCCUCGACCUGCUGGAGGCUGGUACAGAAACUUCUUCCACCACUUUACGCUGGGCCCUUGUAUACAUGAUGAACUACCCAGAAAUACAGGAAAAAGUCCAGGCAGAGAUAGACAGAGUAAUCGGACAGUCUCGUCAGCCCACCAUGGCCGACAGACCCAACAUGCCUUACACGGACGCUGUCAUCCAUGAGAUUCAAAGGAUGGGAAAUAUUUUUCCCCUGGGGUUCCCCAAAAUGGCCAGUAAAGAUGCUACACUUGGAGGAUAUUUAAUACCCAAAGGCACAGCUAUAAAUACAAUCCUUGCAUCUGUGCUGUUUGAUAAGAAUGAGUGGGCGACCCCAGAUAUCUUCAAUCCGGAGCAUUUCUUGGAUUCAGAGGGCCAGUUCUGCAGAAGAGACGCCUUCUUACCGUUUUCAGCAGGUAAACGUGUGUGUUUAGGGGAGCACCUGGCCAGAAUGGAGCUGUUUCUUUUCUUUACAUCUUUCUUCCAACGCUUCACCUUCUCUCCUGUUCCUGGAGAAAUGCCCAGCUUGGAAGUUGUACUGGGCUUCACCAAUUCCCCUGAGGAGUUCAGGGUGCUAGCUUUGCCUCGCUGAUUUGCUCCCACAUUUUUUCAUCCUUGCAUUACAGUAGCACAAAGCAACAAAUACCUUAGACAACAAUAUCCAAGUUUACAUAUCUGACUAGCAACUGAAAAGUAUUUUGCAACUUGAUGACAUGGUCAUUAAAGCCUCCAAACACCCACACAGGUGAUUUCAGUUAUUCUGGCUGAUUAGACCUCUGCUCAGUUUGAAGGUGGGCUGGAGAAUUGAUAAGAAUGAAUUAGGUCAUUAGGAAUGAUAAGGCUGUCAUUUGUCCUGUCCUAACAGGUGCAACAAAACUAACAGGACUAACAGGAGGCUUAGGAAGAUGUCAAUCAAUCAGUCUCUACACACCCACACAGUCCUGGGAAUCAGCCAAACUGAAAACACCUUUAACAUUCAUAAACUGUUGAUACAUUAAGUGUUGCAUAACAUUUCUCUAAGUAGAUUAUUUAUUAGUAUGGAGCGACAGGAAAUCAUAAUAUAUACUCAUGUAUCCAUUAGAACAAAAUGUCAUGUAAUAGCUCCACAUUAAUUAAUCAUGUUUUUCAUGUUAGCCUCUUUGAUUUUGUUACUAGUAAAUCAAAAAUGUAUUCUGUAUAUUACAUAACCGUCUAUAUUCAUCUAAAGGCAUGUCUUGAUUUUUAACAAAAUAAAAAGCAAAAGUUAAGUAAUUUUUAAAUCAGUAUUAACCUUCAGGCUGAUUCCUCAUGAUUCCAUGACUCCUCGGCUUUGUGUUUGGGUCCUGCAUGACCCUGGGGUUCUAAAGGGAUAAUGUAGAGCGAGCACAUUUUGCGAGAUUUGCCAAAAUAGCAGAAGGUAGAGAAAGUGACUGACCAAUCAGUCACGUAUUCAAUCAAGCCGUGCAAUGAGAAUGUUUUCUUCUGUUCUUAAAUAAAUUAAAUAAAUGGU